AUGGAUCCUCUCUCCAUUUCCGCCAGCAUUGCUGGAUUGAUUUCAAUCACGGACAUGAUUGCGGGCAGAAGUUACAAAUACAUCAAAGAUGCCCGUGGUGCUUCAAAAGAGGUCAAGAAGCUCUUGGAAGAGAUUACCGAUCUCUUUGGGAUACUGAAUAGUCUACGACUCGUUGCCUCUCGGUACCAAGAUGAGGAUUUCGAUUCCACCAUGCAGUCGCAACACAUUCAUACCUGUCACACACUUCUCGAGAAGAUCAAAGACAGGCUAGACAAAGCAGAUCCCAGUCAGGUAGAUGAGACUAAAUCUCCCUUUCGACAGAAGGCUUCAACGGUAGGCAGAACUCUGAUUUGGCCAUUCUCAUCAACGGAGACCAAGGAAUUGAUCGCGGAGGUUGCGAACCAAAAGGCGACACUUAGUCUUGCAUUAGCCGCUGACGGCAUGAACACCUUGGUUGAGUCUUUGAGUCUGCAAAAAGCGCAAGGUGAGGAUAUUGCUGAAAUCCGGGAGAAUCUUCGCAAUGAGAGAAAAAAAAUCCUCGACACGAUUGGCUCUUUUGACCCCAGCGGCCACCAAAAUACUGCAAUCAAACUUCGCCAGCCAGGUACCGGUGUUUUCUUCACUGAAGGGCCUCAGUUCAAACAUUGGCUUGAAACCCCGAAUGCCAAGUUGUGGCUCUAUGCUAAUGCUUCACUAGGAAUAGCAUACUUCUAUUGUGAUUACAAGGAUUCGAAGACGCAUGACCCCUUCAUCAUCCUAGGUGCCCUUGUCAGACAGCUUGCGAUUCAAAAUCCACGCUGUUUUGGUACAUUGGAUAAAUUCUAUGUUCUUCAUUAUCGAGAGUCUAGGUCGACAACAGGACCCUCAGUUACUCCAGAGGAUUUGUGUAUACUCAUACAGUCCUUGAGCACCUUCUUUGAUGAGGUAAUAGUUAUCAUUGAUGCCCUCGAUGAGUGCGGAACCGAUAGAUCCAAAGUUAUGGAACUCCUCGCGAGCCUUAACGCUGACGGGUUCAACAUCAAGACACUCUUCACUUCAAGAUUGGAGACAGAUAUCGAAUUUCACCUCGACUCGUACGAAAAGAUCAGCAUUGCAGCCACAAGCAGUGAUUUGAGAUUAUAUGUUGCGUCAGAGAUCGAGAGUCGGUCUAGGAAAAAGCUGCUUCGAACAAGGGAUCAGGAUCUCAAAAAGGAAAUUAUGGACCGACUGGUGGAGGGCGCUGAAGGCAUGUUCCGAUGGGCUGUCUCGAUCAGUGAGGGCGAUACCGAGCUGGAUUCUGACGCGAUGCCAGAUGAGGAAGGCAUUCUCAGGUGGUGUAGCAGUCUCGUUAGAAGAACACCUAACGGUGACAGGCUCGAGUUAGCUCAUUUCACAGUCGAGGAAUUCCUCCUAGAAAUUGACGCCAACGAGCUAAAUAGCCCUUAUGCAAGAUAUAAAAUAUCUCCUGAA